CCGACCUCGGUCGAUGUUUGUAACUGCUAUAAAGUCUAAAAGACUGUUUAGUACAAAUUCAAGACCAAAAAAUUUUAAUCGACCCAAAAUUUCUUUAUUAAUUUGUUUUUGGUUUAUUUUAUCAACUGGCAACUUUUUUAUUAUUUGUUGGACACAAAUGGCUAAUAAAAAUUUUAAUUUAAUCAAAAAAGGUGGUGGAUGUUCUUACAAGAUUCCAGAUGCUCAAGAUUUAAUUUUUGGAGUUCCAUUUGUUCACAUUUCUUCUCCCUCAACUCAUUCUUCUCCACUUCUUCGUCAUCAUUCUUUAAGAGCACGCAAGAAGAGGUUUAGACGUGAUUUGGUUAAAGGACGAGAAUUUAGACAAUUGCGAAUUAAAUUGUAUUUUGACCCUGUCAGCAUAUUACCGUUAACUUCACUUUUGCCUGAUGCUAUAGGAUUUUGGGAGCAAGCUUUGUCUGUUCGAAAUUCACUAGCUCCAAUACGUUUGAGCAGAAAAUGCGAGGAUAACAAAUACUAUUCUGAUCAAAAUUCCCCCUUUCUGCGUUGUGUGACUCGUUGUAAACAGACUACUUAUUGUGGAGAAGUUGCUGUACCUGAUGAACAUUUAUUUCAAUGCCGUUUCUGUAUUCAAUCAAACCCACUUUCCUGUGUCCCUUCUGGCCCACCUGAUGGACAAGGCAUUAUUGGCUCAGAUUUUCUUCUUUAUGUUUCUGCCGUUCCUUCGCAAAGGUGUCAAAAUGAUGAUACAAUAGCUUAUGCUGCACAUUGCCAACAAGAAGCUGAAUUGGAUAGGCCUAUAGCUGGUCAUGUCAAUAUUUGUCCACAAGCACUUUCCACCCACUCACAUGAUCAAGAAGUUCUUCUCUCAACCAUUAAACAUGAAAUUUUACAUGCUCUUGGAUUCUCUGCUGGUUUAUAUGCCUUUUUUCGUGAUUCGGAAGGACGUCCACGUUCUAGAAGGAACCAAAAUAGUGGACGUCCACUUUCUUUUAAUCGAGAAAGAGGUUUCUAUGAUGCAGAACCGUCUACAGUUCGUACAAUAAUUCGAGAAGAUUGGUGGACGGCGGAAGGAGAGUUACCCCAUCCUGUCCAUUUAUUAGUCACUGAAAGAAUAAUUGAAGAGGCCAGGAAGCAUUUUAAUUGUUCAAAAUUAGAAGGAGCUGAAUUAGAAAAUCAGGGAGGAGAUGGAACAUCCUUAACACACUGGGAAAAACGUUUAUUUGAAAAUGAGGCAAUGACUGGAACACACACACAAAACCCAGUUUAUUCUCGUCUAACGUUAGCUUUAAUGGAAGAUAGUGGUUGGUAUAAAGCUAAUUAUUCUGUUGCUGAACCUUUGCAUUGGGGAAGUAAUUUGGGUUGUGAUUUUGCUAUGAAAAGUUGUGGACAAUGGAUUAAACAAAGAAUGGAAAGAAAUGAGUCAGCAGCUCCAUUUUGUGCAGAUAUUAAACAUGAUGGGAGUAAAUCUUUGGCAACUACACGCUGUACAGAUCAAAGGGAUUCUUUGGCAUUAUGUAAUUUAGUUCCACAUAAAAAAGAAUUACCUAAACAAUAUCGAAAUUUUGGCAAAUUAAAAGGUGUUAGAAAAGAAGGAAUAAAAUAUUAUGGGGGAUCUGUUGAAUUGGCUGAUUAUUGUCCUUAUAAUCAAGAAUUUGAAUGGAAAACAAUUAAUAAUACAAGUGGUGGAAGGAGGGAUAGUAGAUGUGAAUUAAUUGGUAAUGGGCCCCCAGACGGGGAAAUUAGUGAAGAAUAUAAUGAGGGAAAUGCUAUUCUAGAACUUUAUGGGCAUGGCUCUCGUUGUUUAGACUUGGGUUCAAGUUGGACAGAAAAAAAGUGUGGAAGAACUCGAACAUAUUCUCAAUUUAUGGCUGGGUGUUAUCAAAUUGUUUGUUUAAAUGGCCGUGUAAAUAUUCUUGUACAUAAUUCAACAAAGCUUUAUCCUUGUUAUAAAUCUGGUCAACCAAUUUAUAUUAGAAAAUUAGUCAAUGGAUGGUUAAGGGAAGGUCAAAUACUCUGUCCUGAAUGCCAACAAUUUUGUUCUAAUAAAAAUUUUGAAGAAGAAAAAGAAGAUUUCUGUCUUACACCAACAGAUCCACCAUUAAAUAAAGGAGAAAUUGGUGAUGAUCCUUUAAUUGUUGAACUCCCAUGUAAAGCAUAUCGUAAUUAUUUAAAUAUUUUAAUUAUUUUUUUAUUUUUAUUUACCAAAUCUAGAGUUUUUUUUCUAAUUUUUAAUUUUUUAAAUUAA